AUGAAAUUCCAGGCCCCGAAAUCAUCGAACGUCCGCGCAACUAGUGCAACACCGAUUGAUAAAGUCUUAGCAUUAACCAACAACCCUAGAAGUAAGCAUAGUUGUGAUACAGUAAGGAGACACACAUGGGAAUGA